AUGAGCGCUGUCAGCAUUGGGGAGUACCACAGUCUGCGGGUGGGCUCGGCCCUGCUCAGCAUCGUGGCAGGGUGCAUCAUUAUCGGGGUGUCGAGGGAGUGUGAUGCGGAUGCCGUAGGGGGAAUCUUCCUGGGUGCAGGGGGGCUGGGUGAGUACAUCCAGAACUCCACCUAGUCUUUGAUUUUGUUGAGUGCUAUGCAAUGUGCUAUGCAAAACAUGCACAUUUCCAUUGGUACUUGCAGGGCAUAGCAUUGCAAAAGGCAUGCAAACAUUAUUUAUAGCAACAGUAUACAGCAUGCCUACAGAAAUGUACUGGUAGCUUAUUCAGUUCAGAAACUAGUGCAUCUUUGAUGGUGGCACCACAAGUGGACCAUUUCUCCAAAAGAUAAAACUCCAUGCAAAUUUAACUUACUUUUUUUUAUCUCUGUGCUCUAUCAUAACAAUAUGUAUACUCCAGGAUGUCCUUGCUUUCUUCAACAAAAACAUGUACAUCUAUCUUUAUUCCUAACUGUAACUGAAGGAUUUUAUACUGCAAUAUUGAAACGGUAGACAAUUUGAUCUCUAUCCUAAGGUGUCAUAUGGGUCUAAGAGGCAAUCCUUUCUCAGGUGUACAAGGCCUGCUGCAAUGUCUAAUAUUUGCCAAGUCCUGCAGCAGACUGUGUGAAUGAUCAGUGAGCCAUGCCAUUUUCCAUCCACUUCCAUCAAAAACACACCCAGGGAUCAUUUGAUCCGCUGGUGUAAUCUUAGACAGUUGAUAGCAGCAUGGGGAGCAGGGUAUUCCACUCUACCCAGGAGAUUAUGUGAAGUGCAGUGUCAGAGUGUAGAAAACAAGUGGCCGGCUUUUGAUCUACACUGAGUAUACGUCAUUCAAAGUCAACUAUAGCCUCUGAUUUUGUUGUUGUUAUGAUCCCAAAACUAAAACUAAAAACUUUUGUGGCUUUUCCUUGUAAGAAAACAACAACUUAUUUAUUCUUAACAAAACAAUAUGGUAGCAUUGAAUUCUUCAAAUGUGACAUUUCUUUGACAUUUUGCAUGGAGAACUACGUCACACAGACAACCCCUUCUUUGCCAUGAUGGGACUUUCAGCCAUGCACUGCAGAAUCACAUUUUGUGUCCUGAAGUGCAGGUGUCCUCUUAUUAUUUGCUCCAAAGAGUAAAAUCACUGAUCCGAGUAGGCUAUGUCUGUGGCUAUGAACUGACUGAUCAAAACUCAAUGUUCAUAGCGAGGAUCUUUUCGCUCCUGUUGCAGCCUGGCGACUGGUGAGAUGUUCUGACAGCAUAGACAUGCGUCACACACAGCCACGCAGCCACCCUCAGGACCAGCCACUGUUCAAUGGCAGCUCUCUCUGUGGCUCAGAAGGGAAAUCAAUAAGUGUGUUCAGCCUGCCUGCCCAAGGGUAGCUAGAGCUGUUUGGAUGCAUUCACAACAAGUCCUAGUGGGCUCCUGAGACUGCAGGAGAGUCAGGGUUAAGAAAAUGGAUCAAGUCAAAUCCAGUUCUCUUCUACCAGUAGGCUAACCAUCAUAUGGGAGCUCAUUUGUAAUUGAGUAGCACCAGACGGGAAUCUGUCCCCUUUUUUCAUACUGAGCAUAAUGCUGAUAAACAUCCAUAUCAGCCAAAAAAAUUCUUAAAAACACUUAAAGGGCCAUUUCUAAAAUGUUCUACUUCAUAUUCAUCAUCUUCAGCACCACCCCAACAUCAACAUACUGUACGUGAAAAUUGUGGUUUCUAUGUUUUGUAGUAAAAAAAGAUAGAGGAAGAUAAGUGUUUCCAAUGACAUCAUCGGUGUGUAUUGUGUGAUUUUAACCAAUUAUCAGUAUGCAUUGCCUACUAAUUGCCUACUAAUUGUCUACUAAUAUGUUGAUGAUGUCAUUGGAAACACUUAUCUUCCUCUAUCUUUUUUACUACAAAUCAUAGAAACGCGCCAUUUUCACAUAUGUUGAUGUUGGGGUGGUGCUGGAGAUGAUGAAUAUGAAGUUAAACCUUUUGAAAUGUCCCUUUAAAAUUAAGUUAGCAGCUUGUCAUUAAAUAAAAUAUGCAUGAGCAGAGAGAUAGUCAUUUAGGUUUGUGUUUGUUGAGCCACUUGAAGGAAAUGUAAUAUCAAUUGUAUCUGUAUCUCCCCAGUGUAUGUGUGUGCAGUCCCCAUGUCAUUGGAACUUUCUUUGUUUAUCUGACAUUUGUUUUUUGAGAACCCACAAUGGAAUAUAGUAAUCAGCAAUUUAUUACGCCAUUAACUCUGGUCCGUGCUCAAGACCAAACACUAGCUUCCAUCUGUUUGUUAAUUGACAUUUACAGUAUCAAAAAGGAUAUUUGAAACCACCCUAAUCCUACAAUCAAUACAAACCAGUAAAUGAAGGUAACGCCUACACUUGCAGUACUAUACUCCUAUUAGUAGUUCAACACCAUGGUCAACUGAUAUCAAUUAGUGUCAACAUUGUCUUUCUUUUCUAGGCCUCCUCAUCUCUGUCUUCCCCUUCAUAAGAGCCUGGCUCAACAUUAACAACAUUCUCCCCAACUUGGGUAAGUUAUCAAUGUCUCCCAUUUGAUUUGACAUCAAGCAAAUCCAUUUGCAAGGAAACUGUUUCUUAAAAAAAAAAAAAAAAGUCCUCUCUUCACAGGAAACUUCAGAGUGCACCCUAUGCCUGCUAACCCUCCUGGCCCUGAGCAACCAGAGACACUGAAACAAGAAGGUAAAUGUCAGAUGGCUAUGUUUGUAGUUUUUAGUUGCUGUGCUUCAGUUGCUGUCGUCCCCAGUGUUGGAGUCAGUUCUACGUAGUUCAAACUCAUACAAUUCAUUGUAGAGAUUUUUGUUUUUUGUGAACGAUAGUGACAGUUAAUCCAUGAUACCUUGGCAGAGAUCUGACUAAAUUCUAAGUAAAAUGCUUUAUAACUCUGCAGGUCGGUCCAGCUAGGGCAUGAUAAUGAACCAUGCCAGGAGAAUGUGUGAUGAAAGAGCAUGCCCAUUACAUUAGAGAAAGCUCAUCACACUCAUUCCUUUAUACUCUUUGAUGAGAUGGAGAUUGCUUUGAACAGCAGCAAUUUGGCUGGAGAGAGUUAUGUCAAAAGGAUGCUGCACAUAGCAGUUAGUCUAUUCGAUAAUAAAAAUGAUGUGGAGAGAUGGCUGGACUAGGUUGUAUAAGCUACAGAUAGCUAAGACCAGCCGAACCACUGCAUAGCCAGUAGUGUUUAUUUGGUUACACUUCUCUGAUUUCUCAGACAGGCAUGGGCUAAUAAUGCAUAUUGUAUUCACAUUGUAUAUGCACAUAUAUUUCGCUUCAGGUAGCUGUUGUAUAAUGAAUAUGUAUGCUUCAUAGAUACUCCCAUUGUUCAAUAUGACCCAGAGGUUGUUGUUGUGUUCCCUUUCUCCUAACAGCGACUCAGAGCCAGCUGAAUCUGGAGCGCUCUAAGAGCCGGAUGGGGACAUUUGUUGAUGCCGGACCGAUGGCUGAGGCCUCCGCAGAUGAAGGGUGA